AUGGCGAGUCAAGAAAGUUCGUCUCGCCGAUCUGUAUCCUCCGACAAGAGAGGCAAGAGGAUGCUGGUGGAGGUGCCGCCACCGCCGCCGCCAUGCCCCAACGAUGACCUAUUCGCGGCGCACUUCGAAAAGGUAUUAGAUCCGGUCGUCGGAGAUCUCAAAGUGAUCUGCAGUUACUGCGCGCGCCUCUUCAGAUUUAGCGCAGACGAGAAGGAAUUCGGUACGCUCAGAGAUCAUUUAAACAAAAAACAUAGAAGCAAAAUUGGCAAUGAAUCUGAAACAGAAUCAGAACAAUCUUCAGAAGGAAGCACAGGUACGGAUGCUGAUGUAUUUGCUUACACUUAUAAAAGAGCUAGAAAUAUGAUUGCGAAAUUAGUUUGCGAAGGGUCGCUCCCUUUCAAAUUCGCCGAGAGCGAUUCGUUUGAAAAUCUUAUGAAAUGCUGCAAUCCCUUAGCCAAAAAAGUUCCACAAGCUGAACUUAUUCAUGAAAUCAUAACUAUCGUUAGAGAAUCCUUACUGGUAUUGAUUAAGGAUUUUGUUAAAAUGUCGAAUAGGGUUUCAAUAUGUUCCGAUGUUUGGACUAACGAUUGCACAUGGCAAUUUGUAAGAAUUUCAUGUCAUUGGGUAGACGAGUCGUGGACUAUUCAAAAGAGAUUGAUUGCAUUUAAAAGUUUAAGUGAAGAAUAUCAUAGCGCCGCCGAGAUCUCUCAUGAAAUGCAUAAGAGUUUACAAAUCUAUGGUUUAGGUCCCAAAGUUUUCUCAAUUUCUUUUGAUAAUAAUACUGCUAGUACAUAUAGUUUAGAAGCACUUAGUAAUGCUUGCCAACCAUCUAUCAGUGCUAAAUUUUUUCAUGAUAGAUGUGUGAGUUACAUUUUAACUAUGUGUGCACAAGAUGCAUUGAAUGUUUUGGAAGAGGAAACUGCCCCUAUUAGGGAAUUAGCAAUGCAUAUAUUUAGUGCUGAUACUUCUUUACUGAAAAAGUGGUCAAGAUUUUGCAAAAAAAGGGGGUUGAUUCCAAGAAGAUUUAUACUAGGUUAUUCAGCUCGUUGGGAUAUAACUUAUAGAAUGCUAAAUGGUUGCUGUCAAUAUAGAGAUGCAUUAUGUUCUUUCUUCUCUGAGCAGCAAUUUGAUGAUGUUCAAGUAUCUUCGAGUCAAUGGGAAGCAUGCUCUACUUUAUGUCAAAUUUUGGGAGUUUUCUAUCACGUUAUCCAAGAAUUAUCCCAUGUUUAUUCUCCUACUUCAGUGUUAGUCUUAGAUAAUUGUGCUAAAGUUGCAGUUUUGUUCAACUCUUUGAUGGGGCGUGAUGGUUUAGCAGAAUGUGUUGCUAAAAUGAUGGCAAAAUGGCUGAAAUAUUUUGGUGAAAUUCCUACUGUGUUUUUACUUGCUAAGGUAUUCGAUCCUAGAAUAAGACUACAUGGUUUGGAGAAAAUGUUGGGAAUUUACUAUGAUGCUUUAUUUCCCAUCAAAGAUGAGAAAACCCCCAUCCCUAGCGUGGUAGUUGCUAAUGUGAAGAAAUGUUUAUAUGAUAUAUUUCAAGAAUAUAGUGUGAAACAUGGUGCUAGUUUGGGUAUGAGUGUUUCUUCCUCUAGCGAUGGCAAUGACAUACCUCUAUCAAUCCGGCUGCAAAACUUGUACAAUGAGGUAUCGGAGAAACGGCCGAGGAGCUACGGCUCCAAUCCAUUUGGGGAGCUUGAAACUUACCUAACAGCUAACUUUGAGUAUAUAGUGGAGUCAGAGUUUGAUAUCUUGAAGUGGUGGUCGAGGAUGACUAUGCAGUUCCCUAUACUGUCCUCGAUUGCAAAGGACGUGUUGGCCGUUCCGGCCUCCACCGUCUCUGUGGAACAAGCUUUUGGCACGGAAGGGUACACGUUGAACGCGCGGCAGUCCCAUCUAAGCAUGCAAGAUCAGGUGGGGUUGCAAGUUUUGGAGAAGCAAUUGCUGUUGGGGGAUUGGACUAAGGCUGAGCGUCGAGACCAAGAAAAUGACUAUGAUGAUUUUGAUGAGAGCGAAGUUAUUUCUGACUCCGAGUUUGAUUGA